UCUCCGACUCGGUAUCAUCAGCAGCCCACUAUUUGUCACCAACUGUAUUCUUCAUCGUAUUAUCAGUUCGCAAUCAUGGUAAACUAUGGCGUCGUGCUGCUGUUGGGUGUCGUAUCGUUGAUGGCUGGGUCGACCACCGGUGUACCAAUGUCUCCUGGGUAUGGCGGGUACCAAAGCACAACUUACGCUGCUCCAGCUUACUACACCGAGGCUCCCAAGUACUACACUACCAAAGCACCGGAUUACUACAUGACUACGUAUGCUGCCCCAGCCUAUUACACCGAGGCUCCCAAGUAUUACUCAGCUCCUAACUACUACACCGAGGCUCCAACUUAUUACACAACCAAAGCGGCUGAAUACUACACCGAGCUGCCCAAGUACUACACCACCAAGGCUCCAGAGUAUUAUACAACAACUUAUGGUGCCCCGAGCUACUACACCGAAGCCCCGAAGUAUUACUCUGUCCCGAGCUACAUCACCAAAGAGCCUGAGUACUACACCAAGGCUCCGGAGUACUACACGACUACUUAUGCUGCUCCAAGCUACUACACCGAGGCUCUUAAGUACUACAACACCAAGUUACCGGAGUACUACCCGACUACGUAUGCCCCAACUUACUACACCGAUGCUCCAAAGUACUACUCUGCACCCAGCUACUACACCGAGGCUCCAGUUUACUACGCUACAACCUACGCUCCAUCUAGCUACUACACCGAGGCUACCAAGUACUACACCGAAAAGGCCGAAUAUUACACAACCACGUACGCUGCCCCAGUCUACUACACCGAGGAACCCAAGUAUUACUCUGCUCCAGGCUACUACCAAACAGAGGCUCCCGUUUACUAUCCCAAGGCCUCCGAGUAUUACACUACAACCUACGCUGCCCCCAGCUACUACACUGAAGCUCGCAAGUACUACACUACCAAGGCACCUGAGUAUUAUACCACUACUUACGCUGCUCCGACCUACUACACCGAAGCUCCGAAGUAUUAUUCUCCGCCGAGUACUAGUCAAUGA